AGUGACUCCCAGUCCCAGAUCUGAGCGCCUGUCGUGCUCAGUUCCCCAUCCGCCUCCGAAACCUAACCCCGCGAUCCCAAUGCGCAGGAGUCCUGGAGAGGCGUCGCUCCGCCGCCGCCGCGCGCCGGUUCGGCUUUGUGUCGCCUUGGCGGCGCUCGUCGCUUGCACUAUCUGGCUCUGGUCCUCCUCCGCCGGCCUCACCCUUGCCUCCUACAAGGCCCAUGAUGUUGAUGUAAAUAAGUUGUGGAGAACUGCGGAAUCAAAGGGUUGGAGAGCUUCUUCUGCCCCACGAUCAUAUUGGCCUCCCCCACCAACUGAGUUUGAGACUAAUGGGUACUUGCGUGUCCGAUGCAAUGGCGGCUUGAACCAACAACGUACCGCGAUUUGCAAUGCUGUUGUUGCUGCACGAAUAAUGAAUGCUACACUAGUGCUGCCAGAAUUAGAUACAAACUCUUUCUGGCAUGAUGAGAGUGGUUUUGUAGGUAUUUAUGAUGUUCCCCACUUCAUCAAGACAUUAAAAUACGAUGUCCGUAUUAUUACGAGCUUUCCAGAAAUCUCUACAAACGGAAAAUCGAAGAAGCUGAAAGCCCACCAGAUCCGGCCACCUCGAGAUGCACCGGUAACUUGGUAUAAAACAGUUGCUUUGGAGAAAAUGAAGAAUUAUGGGGCUAUCUAUUUGACUCCAUUUUCACAUCGCAUGGCAGAAGAUAUAAAUGAUCCAGAGAUCCAGAGAUUGCGAUGCAGGGUGAAUUACCAUGCAUUACGAUUCAAGCCUAACAUCAUGAAAACAAGCAGUGAGAUAGUGAAUAAGCUCCGCUCAGAAGGCCAUUUCAUGUCAAUUCAUCUUCGGUUUGAGAUGGAUAUGCUUGCUUUUGCUGGGUGCAUUGAUAUAUUUACACCUCAAGAACAGAAAAUGCUGAUCAAGUACCGCAAGGAAAAUUUUGCAGAAAAAGAACUUGUCUAUAGGGAAAGACGGCUCAUUGGAAAGUGCCCUUUAACUCCAGAAGAGGUAGGUCUUAUUCUUCGUGCGAUGGGAUUUGAUAAUACAACUCACAUCUACCUUGCUUCUGGUGAGCUGUUUGGUGGGAAACACUUCAUGAGGCCCUUCAAGGUUAUGUUUCCACGCCUAGAAAACCAUAGCUCAGUUGGACAUGGAAAGCUGGAAGAAAAUACCCGAGGGCUGGCAGGUUCUGCAGUUGAUUACAUGGUCUGUCUCCUAUCAGAUAUUUUUGUGCCUACAUAUGAUGGUCCAAGCAACUUUGCAAACAACCUCAUGGGUCACCGCCUAUAUUAUGGUUUCCGUACCACUGUCACACCAAACCGAAAGGCCCUUGCUCCUCUAUUCAUGGACAGAGAGGAAGGUCAGACAGCUGGUUUUGAAGAGCGAGUGAAGCAGGUCAUGCUGACCUCGCAUUUUGGUGGCCCCCACAAGCGCAUUCAUCCAGAGUCUUUCUAUACAAACUCAUGGCCAGAGUGCUUUUGCCAGGUGAAUCCUGUGAAUCGUGCGGAUGAAUGCCCACCAGACAAUAUAUACGAGGUUCUGGAGAAUCAAUUUCUGAGUGAAGAAGGUUUAGGAGAAGUGAAAGCCACUAAUCAGGCAGACUCAACCAGCCAACCAGAGGAGAGUACGAUUUAACUGAGCAACCAAGCUAUUUAUUGCCUGAGAUCAUGUAUCACCUACCAGGCUAUUACAUUUUCGAUGGAUGAAUUGAGGAUUUUUGGGGUAUUGAUGGCCCAAGAUGAUAACAUGCUCAAGUGAGAGGUUCAGCUUAACCAGAACUAUUAGGAUGUGAGAGACUGAAAGCACAACUACGAGAGGACUGAAUUAGACAGAGAUCUGUCAACCAUGUUUUCGCAGAGAAAACUAUACACGUUCUGUCAAAUAGUAACUGUUCAUUGAGUGUAGGACGUGGUGCGUGAUGAGGGUAACAAUGGCUGGAAAUGUAUCUACGGGAUGUUAUAGCAGAAUGUGUAGUAACUCACUGUACCAGCCUAUGUUUUUUUUCCCACAGUUAUGCAUAUACUACUAGCUAAA